AUGUCAUCUAAAUUUUUAGGAACUUUGGCUCGAGAUAUUGGAAACUUAUUGAACGAUGAUUUAGAUGAAUAUAAUGUUAUAAUAGAAGUUGGUCAGUCUCCGAAUUUUCAAAUAUUUCAUGCUCACUCGAUCAUAUUAAGAGCUAGGUCUCCUUAUUUUCGAAGUGCACUUUCAAAAAAUUGGGCAAAAAAAGAUGGUGAUUUUAUGACUUUUUCAAAACCAAACAUUUCUCCAAAAGUAUUCGAUAUUAUUCUUCAUGGAACCGUUUCUAUGACUGACAAAACCGUGAUGGAUGCUCUUGAUCUCUUGGUUGCCACUGAUGAAUUAUUAUUAACAGAGUUGUCUGACCAUGUACAAGAUUAUCUUCUUCAUCAACAAAAUACUUGGCUUCAGAAUAAUCUUAUCGUGCUUUGGCAAAAAGUUCAUCUUAUUGAAUCUUGUCGCAAACUUCAAGAUUUGGCCGUUCAGAAGUAUUUUACCUCCGGAUAUUUUGGAAGAUAUUAUGAGGUACCAUUUGAAACCUGCUUGUCCUCCACAACCUGUUGUGUUGGCCCGAAGACUGCAAUUUGA